AUGAGCACCGUCAGCGAAACAAGUGAGCUAUUGCAGGACGCAGCCGUUCCUUCUAAUAGCCAGAAUGCCCUUAACGAUUGGUCUUCUUCUUCUGUUAUGCCGUCAGAGGCGGUUUCAGAUACCUCUGAAAAUGCGACAGAUACCCAGAGAGAACCAUCUCCAAACCUUGUUAAGGGCAGCGACGAUUCCGUUUCAUUAAAUCAUGUCUCUGCUUCAUCUUCUUCCUCAUUAGGAAUCACCUCCCCUCACUCAUCCCCUCACGUUCCUAUUGACAAGCCCUUCAUGUCAGCCACGGUGGAGGACUGUUUCGAUGAGGACGACCCCAUGGCUCAGCUCGAUGCUGCUGAUACGCCGCCAUCAUCUUUCUGUGUCACGACACCACCUAUCAACGAGGCUCCGCGUAGCCCGAGCGCGCUAGACAAGGAAGCAGAGUCUGUCAAGCCAGAGACGGACAUGCAGGAAGACGAAGACGAGCAACCUCCAUGCCAGGUCGGCUCUCCUGAUAUACCUGCUCCUCAAAAUAUUCACCACGUAGCAUCUCAGCAUCGGCCGAGUGUGAUGGAUUACCUGAUUUCUCAAGGCUCGGCAAAAACCUCCGCAUCUACUUCUGAGGCAAGUGGCCCGUCAUCCCGCAGAAAUGCAGAUGGUCAUGCCUGGCCAGAUGACGGCCAGAUCGGUGGUGAGCUCAGGCCAAAUGGCGAGUCACAUGUAUCUGGCAGUCAUCAUGGCGACGACAGAAAAUCACAGCUCAGCUGGAAUGGACAUCAGCCGGCAUUUAGGCUUGCUGAUGGUAAUCCAUUACGCAUUCAUGGCGAUUCCAGAACCGAAGCACCUUACGUGGAAGGCUAUGCCCAGCGCUACAACCAUGGCGGUUCAUCCGCUCCUCGGUCUACUGUUAGCGUUCCGCAAAGUGAUAUCCGCCCAGACCAGCAUGCAAGAACUUUCUAUUCGGAAUUUCCCAACCACUUGGAGACUAUGGCGCCCAGUGGGUACCAGCUUUUGGCGGCAAAGUUGUGCGGCGACGCUGGCGGUCCACCUCUGGUGCCGAUUUACCGUCGUUUUGACGCCCUCAGUCACCGGUUGCUCUUAUACAUGCAAGACGAGAUUGCCGAGCUAGAACGACAACUUGUCGCAUUGGAAACACAGGAUACUGCAAAAAGAAGCUACCGCGGUGGUGUGCUACCGGCAUCGCGCAGGCAGGACCGAUGGGUCAACCCCAACUUGACAGACCAGAAGACUGAGGUCCUCGGCCAUAUUGGCUACAAGCUGAGUCAAUAUAAUCAAGUUUUAGCGUCGUUCCGCAAGGUCCAAGACAUUCCAGUGCCAACGUGGCGGGAUAUUCACAUGUACAAGACCUACUUGACUACAAGCAAGUUGAUUGCAGACGACGAGACGCGAUUCCUCGAUGCGGAAAAUGACUUGGUAUCUCUUUCUGGCCCGAUUCAACCCGCGGAUGACUUCAACGUGGCCGAUGAUGGGCCGACACCCAUGCCCAAGGCAAAGGAAGAUCAGCAGUUGCCACCAUUCUUCAAGGAUGGCGGCAGCUCGUCAACACGGGCAGAGCAGACUACAGCUCAGGGACCAAGCGACACUGUGCUUGUGCGGCUCGCUCUGUCGUGCAUGUGUGUAGUGUUUGUUCCUGUCAUCACUUUUGCAGUUGUUCCUAAUUUCAUGGCCCGCAUGGCCAUCGUGAUAUUUGUUGCACUAAGCGUGGGCAUCAUGAUUGAACAAUGCGGGUUACUGCCCACAGUGGAACGCCACAAACUGGACUGGAUUUUGUAUUCGAGUCUGUACUGUGGUGCCAUGGCCGUGGUUGCAGGAACGGUCAAAUGA